AUGUCGUCUUCCCGCACCCAGCAACCCACGAAGAUCGACCUGUCUUCGCCCGACCUGCCCCGGGGCAUCUUCCCACCAGCGGCGGGCACCUCAUCGUCGUCAGCAUCCCAUGCAGCGCCCACGUCACCGCAGCUAGAAAAGUCGGCCGCCCGCGCAAUGAGCUCGACGGACUCGUGGAAGCCCAGCCUCGGCGGGCGCAAGCAGAGCUACCGCAAGGAGGACUACAAGCACACGCUGCAGAUGAGCGGUAUGAGCAGCGGUGGUGGUGGUGGGGGUGGUAGCGGUGUCAUUAACGGUGGCGGUAGCGCCGGCGGGGAUAGGGGUUUUAGUGAGGAGGCGCACUGA